GAUCAGUUUUCUGCGAUGCCGUGCGGUGAUCGGACGUGUCCCGUGGACGUGCGUGUUUCGCUUUUCCGCUAAGCGGCUGUGUACCGUGUGUGAAUAAUGUGUGUUUAGGUGUGUGUGUGUGUGCGUGUUUGAAGGUGAAAUCUGCAGUGUAAACUGGCUACCAGACGGUGCGACAAAUAAAACAGAUAUCCAAACGGUUGGAAAAAAACAAACACUAAACCAACAAUCAGUGAAGUGAAAAAGCUCCCGCAGAUAUAAACUUGCUUGCCAAGUGAACCGCGAGUGUGCGUUGAGGAAGUGUUGUGCGUGCGUUCUCCCUGCUAGCCUGCAGUGGAUUUUGGUUUUCUCCGCCGGAAUUGCUUUCCGGAGUUGCAUCGAAUGCGGCCAGCGGAUUGCUCUGCUCCGUUUCCAUGUUGAUUACAUGAAACAUAAUGGAUAUCCUGGGACACUUACAAUGGACCUCAAUAGGCUAUUGAAGGUCUUCCCGGGCAUAGCGUUAACAUGGGUUUGCUUCCUGGUAGCAACGUGCUGUGUUAAGCUGACCGAGGCGAGGAUAGGCUACUUCUGGCACAUAACGGAUUUACAUCUGGAUACGUACUACACUACCAAGGGCGAUAUCUUUCGCAGUUGCUGGCUUAACGAACAUCACUCGAACACGGCCAGUGCCAAGCGCCCGGGCCCGUACGGAGAUUACAUGUGCGACAGCCCAUGGAGCCUGCUGGAAUCCGCCACGCAAGCCAUGAAGUCCAAGCAAGGUGAUAACGUCGAGUUCGUCCUGUGGACUGGUGAUGGACUUUCUCAUUCUGCCAAGCGAAUGCACGAAACCAAGCGAUUGGACGUGCUGCGUAACAUUACGGAGCUGAUGAGCCGAACGUUUCCGUCACAGUUUGUGUUUCCGGUGCUCGGCCACGAGGACGGUAGUGCCAACUUCGAACAGCUCGGCGACCUCUGGCGCCACUGGUUGCCGCUCGAGGCGGUGCAAACGUUCGAAAAAGGUGGCUACUAUACGAUCGAGCAGACAAAGAGCCGGCUGAGAAUAAUAGCUUUAAACACGAACUACAUGCGACACGACGCCAAGUACUCGCAGUCGCACUCGUCCGCGGUGAAGCAGCGGCCGGACGGGUCCUACCACUACCCAGCGGGCGGCCACUACGGGGACCACCACAUGGGCAAACACUACCACAGCCGGGAGGGCAGCUCCUCCGGCUAUCUGUACAGCGACCGGCGGAACGGAUAUAGUAGCAGUAGUAACCUAGCGGACAGUGGCAUCGGUGGCCACGCCAGUGCAUUAUCGGGAUCAAGCAGCCACGAGUCGGAGAAGCAGUGGGAGUGGCUGGAGGAGGUUCUAGCAAAGUCGAGUAGAAAUAAGGAAACUGUAUAUAUCGUAGGACACAUACCACCAGGCUCGGACGAGCGCCACAUUGGCCACACGGUACCGUUCGGGCAUUCCAGCUUCACCGAGAAGAACAACGUGCGCUAUCUGCGGCUGGUGAAGCGAUACUCAUCGAUCAUCCAGGGACAGUUCUUCGGCCAUCUACAUUCGGAUUCGUUCCGAGUGGUUUACAAUGAAGUUGGAAAACCUGUCUCCUGGAUGAUGAUUGCGCCAUCGAUAAGCCCCCGGAGAAGCAGCGAAUCUAACAAUCCCGCCAUGCGGCUGUACAAAUUCGACACCGAUACAGGGCAGGUCUUAGACUACACGCAGUACUAUCUAGAUUUAGAGCAAGCGAACAAGCUGGAGGAAGCCGUCUGGCAGCCUGAGUACAACCUUACCACCUACUACUACGGGCUCAGCGAGGUGUCCUCGCUGGCCCUGCACAAUCUGGCCGAUCGCUUCAACAACGCGGACGACGCGCAGUUCAUGAAGUACUACAGGGCGAACUCCGUGCGCCACGCGACCAGCACCUGCGAGGGAGUCUGCCUGCUCAACCACUACUGUGCCAUUACCCGGCUGGACUAUCGCGAGUUUCGCAGCUGCCUGGAGACGGCGGCCAAAGCGCUGGCCUCGAAAAAUGCCAGCCCCACGGGACUGCUCGGUCCGAGCUUUGCCCUCAGCCGGCUGCUCAUCGCCACCGUGCCAGCCGCUCUGCUGCUGUGUCUGUUCGCUUCCAGCAGCAGCAGCAGCAGCAGCAGCAGCUCGCUGGAAGUGGUCCGGAUUGCUUUCGCAGGCCCGUGCAUUGGUUUGCUCCGCUCGGUCGCUUGUAUUGUUUCGUGCUGGCGCUUCGCUGGGCGCUGCUGGAUGAUGGCGCAUGGUCACGUCACGCUGCUGCUGGCCUGCAUCGGGGCCAUCCGUGACGCUGCGUUCGUACCGCUAGUAAGUGCAUUCUGCUGUACUUUUCUCUGUUUGUCUCAACGUGGGCCGGCAAGGGUGGGGUCCGCUGGGACGGUGCGCCAACUGAGAGCUUCUACGGUGAAUGGGAUGAAUGAGAAAGACACGUGCAUAGCGUUCAGUUUGAAGUAGACAAUUUUUCGUAACGGCGUCUGUUAACAUGUUCGUUGAAUGAAUUAUUUGGGAAAUAAGAAAGUAUUUCAUUUUGGUAGUAGGCUCAUUAUCCUCUGUUUGACAUUCAAUAUAACGACUCUGAAGCUUUUUUUUUAAACCCCAAAUAAAAUUUCCUUAUCAUCAUUCUUCUUCUUCUUCUUUGGCUCAACAACCGAUG